UUUCAACAGCCGUGUUUUUCAGCAGAGAGCAGAGAAACCUGGACACAACGGCACCAUCUCUUCCUACUUGAAGAGUGUGCAAAGUUCCCGUUUGUACAGUUUUGCCCAGCCAUUUGGAUAUAUCCAUAAUGGAUCCGUUUACUGCGAAACUUUUGGAGCGCACAAGGGCACGCCGGGAGAAUCUGCAGAAGAAGAUGGCAGAUGCAUCAAACAGACAGAUGGGCAAACGAGUCAGAGAACCGCUGACGGACACCAACAGUGGGCUGAAAGAACCAGCUGAUAAAGCUUCACAGAUGUCGUCCAAGCCCUCUCCAUCUAAGAGGAAGUGUUCAGGGGAAAAUGUUCAGCCUGCUUGUGGUGAAGAGAACCUGGAGCCUCCUCCCGCUGUGCCGAGUUAUCAUCCAUUACAGCCAGAUCCUGCCACCUACCAGGCGGAGAACACUCAACCCAGCGUCAGCGUUCAACCCAAGACGAUGGCAGCCACUGCUGCUCCAGAUCAUUUGAGUACCAGCAAUGUGGGAUUUGCCAAUCCUGUAACGGUUGAUCCACCAGCCGCUGAGGAACUUAAGGGAAAUUCCGCCUCAUCUGUGCAGUGCAUGAAAUCUCGUCUGCAGCGGUUAGCAGAGCAGAGGAAGUGUUGGGACGGCAUUGACGACCCAGAUGAGGUUCCAGAUGACGCUCCUCUGUCGCUUUUGAAGAGACAGCCUGAUGUCCCACCAGCUCCACCUGCCACUAAUGUGCCGGUGGGGAGGAGAGGCAGGCUGGCAAACCUUGCAGCCACCAUUGGAUCCUGGGAGGAUGAUUUAAGCCAUGCAAACACUCCCAGGGAGAACGCAAAAGGCAAUUCUGCGACCAGCUCCUGCAGUAUCAACAACGCAGGCCCUCGUUCAAAACCAGCAGCAACCACCGACCACAAAUCAACUAAUAAGGUUGACUCAGCAGCAAAGUCAAACAAAGUGACCCUUCCAAGACCUCAACAAACCUGCGAUACUUUGGGAACAUCACAUGAGGCUUUACCGAGUCCACAGAAGAACACCGAUCACAGGACGGCUUGUGUUUCUACUCCGCCCAAGACCAAGCUUCAAACUGCUGUGUGUUCUCCUGGUCCCUCAUUGUCGACUCACCUCCGGAAGAGCCCCAUGGCAAAGGUGGUUUCUUCGAAUGUUCCAAUGAACAGUCCCACUUUGACAUCAGAAAUAUGCAAAAGAGCUACAUCUGCUCAAAAGUCUGUGAUGCUGGAUGCCCCUGUCAAAUCUCCAGUUGUGAAGUCGGUUCUUGAGCGCUUUGGAGAGUGCUAUGUAGAGCAUGUAUCCCAAAGUUCUUCAGCUGCAGGAGCCCUUCAGGCCAAAUCUUCGACUCCUUCUGCUGCACCAAACUCUCGACUGGUCCAGGACCGACUAAAAGCUAUUCAAGGAACGCAGACUCACACAGCUGACCUGACCCAGCAGCAAAAGAUGCAGCGGGAGUCUGAACUUGCUCAGAUCCGGAGUCGCUUCCAAAAGGGGUGCAACAACAGUGCUUGGGGGGAAAAAGACAAAACUGAUUGCACCAGGAAGGUCAAGGACAACAAGGAUGAGCUGCCACUACCCGUGUUGGAGCCCAACACUGCAUUGAGUGAUCCAAAGAAUGAGUACAUGGCGACUCCUAUCAGCAAGGAGAAGACAAGAAGUCAGACUGCUCAAGGUGGUGGCCUGGCUCUGUCUCCUCCAGUAAUGAAGUCCAGUCCCAAGCCAGCUGUGGCUGGACUCAAGCGAGGACAUGAUGGGGAUCAUCAUGAUGAAGUUGAGGAUGUGGUCAGAGAGAUUGAAAUGAAUGUUGAUCAGUCCAUCAACUCGGCAGUCAUCAGUGAGAUAUUCAAUGUGGCGCUGGAGCAGAGCGAAAACCAGGACACAGAUGAAGAUGAGGAAGAGCCUUUAAAUAUCUCCUCCAUGUCUCUCUUGGCUCCGCUCGCGGAAACUGUUGCUGCUGUAGUCAGAAGUCCCGAGGGCAGGAUGACGACAUCCACUCCGACAAGCUCCUUCAUUGUGAAAACUAUGACUCCAGACUUUGUAUUGAAAGACAAGUCGCAGUUGGCCAGUGAGCUGUUGUCACACUCCUCUGACAGCAGCAAUGUUGUGGCUGAUGAACUGCCAUACAGCAUUGAUGCAUAUCGGUCCAUUCGAAUGAAAGAGACGGAGCGUCCACCCGUGUCCCAGAAGAAGGAGGAGUUUUCCCUGAGAGCAGAGGAGCUCAAAGCCACUUCUGGCUUUUGCAUCAAACAGAAAAUAAAGCUCUUGACAAAUGAAAUAAACCUACAGCAGACCAUUAUUCACCAGGCAAGCCAAGCGCUGAACUGCUGCACCGAUGAAGAACAUGGCAAAGGCUCACAGGUAGAAGCUGAAGCUGAGAGGGUGCUGCUAGUAGCAACUGAGAGGAGGGUGGCUCUGAAGAAAGAACUGGACCGCCUGAAAGUGGAGGGUCCGUCAAACCAGAAGAAGAUAAGCCCAGCCCCAGGAGACACUGGCAUUGCAGCAUCCAUGGGCUCCAUCACCUUGCAGGAGCUGCGCCUUCCUCUCAAAGCUGACUUUGUCUGCUCCAUGGCUAACAAGCCAGAAGCCACCAAAUAUUCGUUCUUUAUCAUGAUUCGUGCUGGACCAGAGAACACUGUGGCCACUCCACUUGCAAGCACCCAUCGGGGACUUAGUGGGGACACUUUGACUUUCCCAACCAAGUUCACCAUAUCAGAUGUCACAAGUGAUUUUGCCAUAAAUGUUGAGGUCUACAGUCUGGUACAGAAGCGUGAGGUAUUCAGCGACAAGAAAAAAAAACCCUACAAGUCAAAGGCCAUCACACCAAAAAGAUUCCUUGCUAUCACGAAAAGUGGCUCGACGCCAGUUGUGGCUAGUCCAGGAGGGCCACAUGCUGUUCGGACCAGCAACUUCGUCUUGGUUGGCUCUCAUAAGCUAACGCUCUCUUCCAUUGGCAUCACCAAGUUUCCUCUGGACAAGGUACCAUUCAUGUGUCCUUUGGAUGGCAGUAUCUCCCUCAAGCUGCAGUGUAAAGUUGGCUCUAAAAUUGAAGAGCGAGGCUUUCUGACGAUGUUUGAAGACGUCAGUGGGUUUGGUGCCUGGCACAGGCGCUGGUGUGUGUUGUCAGGAUACUGCAUUUCCUAUUGGACGUACCCUGAUGAUGAGAAGAGGAAGAAUCCCAUUGGCCGUAUCAACCUGGCCAAUUGCACCAGUAAGAUCGUGGAACCAGCAAAGAGGGAAUUCUGCGCCCGACCACACACUUUUGAGCUGAUCACAGUUAGACCAAAAAAAGAGGAUGACAAGGAAACUCUGGUCAGUCAGUGUGAGAACACCACGUGUGUCACAAAAAACUGGCUGAGUGCUGACACAAAGGACGAGAGGAAUUUGUGGAUGAAGAAACUGAACCAGAUACUGGUGGAUUUGAGAAUGUGGCAGCCGGACUCCUGCCAAUUGCCGCUGUAGUUCCUGCCACCAGCCGUCGUGUUGGUGACCAAAUCCCAUUCUGUGCAAUACAGCGUGUCAUUCUUCUGAGUUCCAAUCAAACUCGGGAUUUGCAAGUGUACUUCAAAGACAAACGCCAUAUGUUACAGCAUUUCAACGUUUGUCUGGACGGGAGGCUAGAGCAUAUAUUUUGUGUGUUUGUUGUAACUUGCAUGGCUUUAUGGCAGUUUUUGAAAAGCCACAUGAUGGUUUGUGUAUCUUUUAACUUACCAUUUAUUAAUCCGCUAAGUUAUCAUAGUGUAACAUCACACUUUGUUUGAAGUCUAUCUGAAUUUACUUUCUUUGCGGUCAUUCACCUGCACAUAUUUAUGCUUUUAUUUUUCUAAAACCGUGUCUGCUCAGUGAUUAUCCGCAUGUUUACUCAGUCCACGGUGAGCUCCAGUGCGACAUUUUACUUUUUUUUUUUUUUUUUUUUUUUUUUUUUUCCUGGCCAAAACAAUUAUUCCAUUGCUGACCAGUGUUUGCUGCAAUGUCCUGGUCUACAAAUGAUGUUAUAGAAAAUAUAUUGAUAGUGAGUUGAGGGGCUGUGUAAGAAAAUUGUAGAUGCAGAUGGAAUGAAUAUGUCAGUGGGGCUACUUCAACAAGUUUCUUUGUAGAAAUUUGUUUGGCUUCUUUUUAUUCUGCAUAUUAUAAUAUUCCAUUUAAAUGCUCUCAGCCAAAAAAUCAGCUUUUUGUUUUUAU